CUGUGACGGUGCCUGCGGGACGGACGGUGCUCGCCUCGCUCCACUGCCGCCGCCAUGUCCCGCGAGCCCGAGAUCAUGGAGUCGCAGGUGAUGUGGGAGCCUGACACGAAGCGCAACACCCACAUGGACCGGUUCCGCGCCGCCGUGGCCAGCAGCUGUGGGAUCCGCCUGGCCAACUAUGAUGAUUUAUACCAGUGGUCAGUGGAGUCCUACUCAGACUUCUGGGCGGAGUUCUGGAAGUACAGUAACAUUGUCUGCUCUCGCCUCUAUGACGAGGUGGUGGAUACAUCCAAAAGUAUUGCAGAUGUCCCCGAGUGGUUCAAGGGCAGCCGUCUGAACUAUGCAGAGAAUCUCCUGAGGCACAAGGACAACGAUAAGAUUGCACUCUAUGCAGCAAGGGAAGGCAAAGAAGAAAUAGUGAAAGUUACUUUUGAAGAACUGAGACAAGCUGUAGCUUUGUAUGCUGCAGCCAUGAGGAAGAUGGGAGUAAAAGUAGGAGACAGAGUUGUUGGUUACCUGCCCAACAGCAUCCACGCCGUGGAGGCAAUGCUGGCUGCUGCAAGCAUCGGUGCCAUCUGGAGCUCCACGUCCCCAGACUUUGGCAUUAAUGGUGUACUGGACAGAUUUUCCCAAAUUCAGCCAAAGCUCAUCUUCUCUGUUGAAGCUGUUAUAUACAAUGGCAAAGAGCACAACCACUUGGAAAAGCUGCUGAGGGUGGUAAAAGGGCUUCCAGACCUAAAAAAAGUGGUGGUGAUCCCAUAUGUAUCUUCAAGAGAAAGCAUAGAUAUUUCUAAGAUUCCAAACAGUGUCUUUUUAGAAGACUUCCUUGCCACUGGGAAAGGAGACCAGGCUCCCCAGCUGGAGUUUGAGCAGCUGCCUUUCAGCCACCCUCUCUUCAUCAUGUAUUCCUCAGGCACCACAGGGGCUCCAAAAUGCAUGGUUCACUCAGCAGGGGGUACCCUAAUACAGCACCUGAAGGAACACAUUCUUCAUGGCAACAUGAGCAGCAGUGAUGUGAUUAUGUACUACACAACGAUUGGCUGGAUGAUGUGGAAUUGGCUGGUGUCUGCACUUGCUACAGGAGCUUCAGUGGUCCUGUAUGAUGGAUCUCCUCUGGUUCCUUCACCAAAUGUGCUCUGGGACCUGACUGACAGACUGGGGAUCACCAUCCUUGGAACAGGUGCAAAGUGGCUGGCUGUGCUGGAAGAGAAAAAUUUAAAACCAUGUGAAACACACAAUCUCCAAACACUCCACACUAUCCUGUCUACAGGAUCACCUCUCAAAUCUCAAAGCUAUGAGUAUGUCUACAAACACAUAAAAAGCAGUGUCCUCCUGGGAUCCAUUUCAGGUGGAACAGAUAUAAUUUCAUGUUUCAUGGGUCACAAUGUUACAGUUCCUGUUUACAAAGGAGAAAUUCAAGCCAGAAAUCUUGGAAUGGCUGUAGAAGCAUGGAAUGAUGAAGGAAAACCAGUUUGGGGUGAAAGUGGAGAGCUGGUUUGCACCAAGCCCAUUCCCUGUCAGCCCACACACUUCUGGAAUGAUGAGAAUGGAAGCAAAUACAGAAAGGCUUAUUUUUCCAAAUUCCCAGGUGUUUGGGCCCAUGGUGAUUUCUGCAAAAUUAACCCCAAGACUGGAGGAAUUGUCAUGCUGGGUCGCAGUGAUGGUACAUUAAAUCCAAAUGGAGUAAGAUUUGGAAGUUCUGAGAUCUAUAACAUAGUGGAAGCCUUUGAGGAGGUGUGUGACAGCCUCUGCGUGCCCCAGUACAACAAGGAUGGCGAGGAGAGGGUGAUCCUGUUCCUGAAGAUGGCCUGCAGCCACGCCUUCAGCCGCAGCCUGGUGCGGCGCAUCCAGGACGCCAUCCGCCUGGCGCUGUCCGCCCGCCACGUGCCCAGCCUCAUCCUGGAGACCAAGGCCAUCCCGUAUACAGUCAAUGGGAAGAAAGUGGAAGUAGCUGUGAAGCAAAUAAUUGCAGGGAAACAAGUUGAGCAGCGGGGAGCUUUCUCCAACCCAGAGGCUUUGGACCUGUACCAAAAUAUUCCUGAGCUUCAAGACUAUUAAAGUCACUUGUUUGGGUUUUUUUUUU